AUGAGUAGCACAGCGGCCGAAGACGGCGAACUUCUCGACAACCCCGAGCUCGUCCAGCCCGAGAACUGGCGCCGAAUCAACACCUGGUCUGGACGGACGCCAGUGUUCCUGAUCCACGAUGGCGGCGGCACAACCUUUGCCUACCACUGCCUCGAACCUAUGAGCCGCUUCACAUAUGGUAUCCGUAAUCCGCACUUCUUCACGCAGAAGAAGUUUGAGGGCGGAAUCUGCGAGAUGGCCAAGCUGUACACUGGCUGGAUCAAGCAAACGGUAGCCAAGGAGACGUUUACUGCUAAGAAACAGGGCAAGCUCCCUGUCGACAUCUUGCUCGGCGGCUGGAGUUUAGGCGGUCUGCUCAGCCUGCAGAUUGCGCGCGAGCUUGCAGAAGACAAGGACGUUCGCGUGAGGGGUUUCCUCAUGAUUGACAGCGUGUGCCCGAACGAGGCGCGCAAGACAGCCAUUCAUGCCGCAAUGGGCAGCGAAUCGGAGGAAGGAAAGUCCAAGAACCAGAUUCUGUCGUCACGGUCGCUUACUGAGGCACGACGCAUGGUUGGCGAAUGGACACUGCCGCAGUGGGACGGCGAACUGAAGGGCAAGCGGCCCAAGGCUAUCCUACUCAAGUGCAGGGAGACGGUGCCCUUGUCAGACGGUGGUCGCAGUGUUCUAGACUUGGAUCGCGCUCAUACACAACUGGGAUGGGAGUGGUAUGACAAGGACAUGUUUACAGAAGUUAUCCCCGUUGACGGCCACCACUUCAACCUCUUUGAGCAGACAUAUAUUCCAGGCAUCACGAGGACGAUUCGAACGGCAUUGAUUAAACUCGAUACAGCCCCUAAGGAAGAGGAGGAUGAGGAAAUGUUUGAAUAA